GUUCUCCAUAGCGAGACAUGGUCGCGCUGGUGAGGCUGAACCGACUAAAUUUCUAUGCCCCAACCCCUUCCAGCAGCCAGAUCUACAUACCUAUCUUAAACCCCGUUGGACUUUCUGCCAUGUCAAGUCAGGUCACCGUUUGCGCGCACUGGAUCGCAAUCGACCGCCAUCGUCAUGAAGAGAGCCUCGAUCGGAUUGGAAUCAGAUCUAACACAGCCUGCUGAAUAGCUUGGCCAACGCACGCCCCCGGAUUUUUUUCCCAAGCUGCAGCUGUCGGUAACCACUUCCUGGGUCCGGAUUUGCUCUUCAUGGUUUCGAGGGUCGGUCGGUCCGUGAGCUAGCGGCUGGGCCUGGGCACAGCCUCGCCCAUCGCCGCCUCUAUUGUGUGGGACUUCUUCAACACCAUCGUGGCUUGGGACCCGCCGCGCGCGAUUGACCGUGUCCUCCUCCGCGUUUAGACAGACCUACCUUGGGUUCGGUUUACAUCAUCGAGCCGCAUCAUGCUCCUCCCUCGAAGCUUACGGUUGCUGCACGCACCCACCGCCGAGAUGGCGAUGCCGUUGUCAGCGCGGUCCACCCUCGUCGCGCGAUCCUCCUCCCUCCCGGAUCGUGCCAUCGCCGGGGCUGUGGUUGGGUCCGUCGUCGGCGCCGCCCUCAUAAUAUGCUGCCUCCUCCCAUUUAUCUUGCGGGCCCGUCGUCAAUGGCUCGCCCGCUACGAUGCGCCUGCCGAAGCAGAGAUGGGCCAGAGUCCCGGAGGCCCCAUUUUCCCCCAGCACUCCAUACAAGGCGACACUGCCCGGCGACUUGAGAGGAACCACUUCGCACCAGCUCCCGGACCUGGCACUGAGUCGGACUUUGCUAACGACCGAUAUCACCUCCUUGACCCUUUGAAAUCCAAGGCCAACGGGCACGGCGGUUAUCAGAAGGCGGCCUCCGACCAGAAGCCGCAGCAACCUUCACCCCUAAUACCCUCUGGUGUCACCAUCGAACAGGGACUCCCAUCGCCAAUAUCACCUCCCAUCUCACCCACAGCCAGAUUUGAUUCGCCCUCUCACAAGAUCGUCGAGAACAUCCAGGCACUUUUGGGCCCCACGGCGGCCGACCAGGCCCCGCCCGCUGCAGAGCCCCCAUCCAAGUCACGCGGAUCCAGAGGGACCACUGGCAAGACGAGCAGUCGUGAACUGAGCCUAACCGACUCAUACAGCACCCCCGGCCGCGUGCUCACCGACUUCACCUUUGGCGGCAUUACAGAAGAGCCCAGAGAAAUUGACCGCGCCUCGGAAGCACCGUCCCAUCACCAUUUCCCUCACCUCAGAGAGUCUAUUUGGAGCCUGCUUCACAGACGGCGCCAUUCUUCACGAGCCAGGCGCCGGGACAGCAAACGCUCUACAUUAGACGAGCCCGACGGAGCACGCACGCCCUCUGUCAUCGAAGACGAUGGUAUUGUAGAGACAGACUCGCCUAUCCAGAUCGACCCUGACGCCCACGGCCUGGCCUGGGACUAUUACCACGACUCAACCCUAGGCAACAACGAACAGGCUUAUAUACCGACCUCAGGCCCGCCACCACCACCAGCGCAAAUACCAGCACCUGCACCGGCACCGGCCCCAGCCCCAGGCCGCGGACAAUUGACUGUGGUGACACCGCCAGCUGCGUCGUUUUCGACGCCACUGACUCCUAUAUCUCCGGUUCAGCAAGCGUCUGUUCCCGUACCAGCCACAGCAGGAGAGUCAAUACUGCCCAUGAAUGAGGGAGGUGUCGUUGAAGAACCAGGCGUCAUUUCACCCGACAGCGAUAAGACAUUAACCCCCAGAGAUCUUCUAAGGAGCUUCAGCAGACAGAGCUCUCUGAUAGGGAGGCGAAUCCCCGGCGGUCCUCCACAGCGAAUCGACAGCUUUCCCAUUCCAGAAAUUGUGUCUGACAUCCAGAGCCCUCCUCUUUACAACACCGGGCCAAGUGAAAACCCCAUGAAGAUGAUGAGGCCAACCAAUGCCACUGAGAACGCCUGGAUGCUUGAGCAGGCAGUGCUCAGAAUCGAGAGCCCCCCUUUGCACUCUGACGCCUUUCCCUCAACGCUACAAUCACUAGACGAAGGCGAUUACAUGGAGAUCAAGCCGGAAAUAAGCCCAGAGCCCGAAUUCCAGCAAGCAGUUCCAGAUAUCGAGCUGAAUGAUGGAGAGUUCGUCGAUGACGGCAUGGAGUUUUUGGACUACCGCAACGAUGGCCACGAUAUUUAUGACCUCUCCACCCCCCCACCCUCAUCAAAUCCCUCGACACAAAAUACCCCCAAUACCCACCUCACGGAGCCUUUCACGGCUUCACCAUCGCCGGCGUCACCAUCGCCGGUGUCAGACCUUGGGGUGGUGAAUGGCGGACAGGUCGGCACAUCGCCUAGGGUAUUCAUCUGCGACAAAUGCAAUCGCAUGUUCGAUCAAAUCCACAAACUCAACCAUCAUAAACGCUAUCAUGACCGGCCACACGAAUGCACCCACCCAGGCUGCAAGAUGCGGUUUGGCACAAAGACCCACCUGGACCGCCAUAUCAACGACAAGCAUAUGAGGGCCAAGAAAUUUUACUGCAUGCAGUCCGACUGCCCAUAUUCCAGACAAGGUGGCAAAUCCUUUCCCCGAAAAGACAACUGGAGGAGGCACAUGUUAAAUAAGCACUCGAUCAAGGCGGACUCAGACCCGGGGGUCGAGUUCGUUGACGAAAAUAUUCAAAUGACGGGGAUGUAGACUGCUGUUGGACCAUGAUACCCAUUACUACCUACCUAGAUAUACUAGAAUGAUGAUCUCGAAUACUCAGCAGCUACCGAACCGGAAUGAACUUCAAGCAUCUGUGGCACACCUGGGGACUCCUUGAUAGAGACGAGAGACAGAAGCCUAUCAGCUGCGGGAGUGGCGAGGGCUUAGUACUAACAGCUUUUUGUUGGAUUUUGACCCUUUUUAUGGGAUCGGGGCGUCCAGGCGAGUCAUAUUAUUCAAGACCGAAGUUAGGAGUGUAGUAUAAGAUACGAAUAAACCUGUCUUGGAGAAGAUACGAUGAAUAAGUCUCUAUCGUACUACGUUAGUAUAAAAGACGAGUUGGGGAAAAUUGAAACAAAGCGGGCGUCUCUAUUGUAAGAUAGUUAGCGUGCAUUUUCCUUUCCAAUGGACGGGGUUCUAGUCAAAGUCUUGGAUACCAUAAAAUAGUUAUUU